AUGCAGUAUGUGCCAUUGAGAUCAAAAUAUAGAAUUGGUACUCGACAAAGUGAAUUAGCACUUGUUCAAACUGAAAGUGUUAUUGAACAACUUCAUAAAUUCUAUCCAAAUAUUGAAUAUGAAAUAAUUAAAAUCAAAACAAUUGGAGAUAAAAAUCUCUUAGAUCCACUUGCAAAUAUUGGUGAUAAAGGUUUAUUUACUAAAGAACUUGAAGUUGAACUUAAUCGCAACACUAUUGAAUUUGUUGUACAUUCUUUAAAAGAUGUUCCAUCGACUAUUUUACCACCAAAUAUGAUAAUUGGUGCAAUACUUGAACGUGCUGAUCCACGUGAUGCUGUUGUUAUUGCACCAUGGCAUAAUAAAAAAUCUUUAAAUGAAUUAUCACAUGGUAGUAUUAUUGGUACAAGUUCAACACGUCGUAUUGCACAACUUAAAUUAAAUUAUCCUCAAUUUAUAUAUAAAAAUAUACGUGGAAAUAUGAAUACACGUUGGGAAAAAUUAAAUAAUCAAGAACUUGGAUAUGAUGCAAUGAUUGCAGCUGUUGCUGGUUUACAACGAUUAAAAUGGACAGAUCGAAUAAGUGAAAUAAUUGAACCUGAUAGAGUUCUUUAUGCAAUUGGACAAGGAGCAUUAGGAAUUGAAUGUCGACAUAAUGAUAUUGAUACGAUUCGAAUGUUAUCUGUACUCAAUCAUGAACCAACAGUUGUGUGUUGUAUUGCUGAACGAGCUUUCCUAAGACGAAUUGGUGGUGGUUGUAGUAUUCCUAAUGCUGUACGUACAGUAUACAAUGAAAAAGGAUUAAUAAUUGAUGGUAUUUUACUUAAUCUUGAUGGAUCACGUUUUGUUAAAGAUUGUGUUGAAAAUUCUGAUUUGACUAUAUCAACGACAACAACAAAAAAUGGUUCAACAUUUUUUGUUUCACAUUCAGAUGAUGAUCUUUCAUUACCUGAUGAUGAUAUACAAUCAAUAGAUAGAUAUUCUAAUGGAAUGAAUUCAAAAAAACAACUUACUGAAUUAAAUAUAAAUUCUAUACAUGUUCCUAUUCCUUCAACUUCAACAUCACAAUCAUCUUCACCAUCACUAUCGACAACAACAACUGAAGUUGUACCUUUACUUCGUCAUUAUGCUCAUGUAUGUGGUGUGAAUAUAAAUGAAACAAUAUUAGAAAAUGCUGAAUUAUGUGGUACGAAUCUUGCUGUUAAACUCAUGCAAAUGGGUGCUGAUAGUAUAUUAGAAGAAAUUCAUCAAAAUGUUACUGUUAUUCCUCCUCCCUAG